GAAUGAGAAUACGGACAAAAGACAAUUUCUGCUUGGAGCCUCUAUUUGGGAUUAUUGCUCACGUAGGUCAUUUGCGUUGGCCUGACCAUUCCGUACGCACUGACCACUCAGUUGUGGUGCACGUUUUUUUUUCAAGCGCUUUCCAAAACGUCGGACUUUGUCCUGUCCUGCCCUCUGUAAUUUGCAUUACUCAGGUGAUUUCUCACAGUGACGAAUUCCUCCGGUGACCCGGAUAGCUAGCUGGCCGCUCGGAUGUUGCACGCGGAAAGCUGUUGCAUAACACGCGUGUACGGUGCACACUCGGAGACAGCGGCUUCCCGGGGGGCUGCGCUGCACUCUCCGUGAAUCUGCGUCAGAACCUCAACUGCCAGGGUUCGCUACGAGGAGCGCGUCGUCCAGUGACGGAGAAGGCCAUCCAGCAUCGGAGCGAGGCGACGGCUCAUUGAAGAACACGGCGGGCGGAGGGAUGGAAUUCCCUGUGGAUUUCUUGGGACCUUUGCGUCAUGAAGACCUUGAGCGUUCAGCCAAAAGAUACACAUCUGGCCUCCUGCACAGUGAUCCAGACAAUCUGGAUUAUUUCAUUUUGCCCACUGGAACAACGGUUCCUCUCAGCCUUGCAACAGUUGGCAGUGUUCCACUGUAUGGAGUAGACGCCACACACAAAGUUCUAGGACUGUUUAUACCUGAGGAACAGUCUACAGCCGUUGCCCUCUUCCUGGGUGAUCAGUGGUGGGCUGUGCAGGACAUCCUUAAAACCUCUGAUUCCACUCGAGACGGACUAUUAAAGGUAGAAUCCCUUGGAGAGAAGAUUGUUCUUUAUGUUCUGAAUCGCAUUGUUUACCGAGUCCAAGAGAGGAGUCCCACAGAGGUGCCCUUUCUUUGCCACAGUGAAUCUGAUUUUGCCAAAAUUCUCUGGCAACGUGGAGAAGCCAUUGGAUUUUAUUCUGUCAAACCCACAGGGACCCCAUGCUAUAAAUAUUUGACACAGUGCUACCAACUCCCUGUGAUGAAUUCCAUAUUUCUAAAGAAGCAACACCGUGGCAAAGGAUAUGGCCUUCAAAUUCUGGAAGAUUUUGUUGACUCUUUCCCUGGGAAUGCCUUGGGUCUGCGAUAUCCACUUUCACCAGCUAUGUACAAAGUAUGCAAGCAUUACUUUGACAAAUAUCCAGGAGACCAGGAUCUUUUGUGGGAAGUUGAAGGAGCUGGAAGCCUUUUUCAGAGGGUCAGCAUAGCCAAAAAAAUAGAAUCCGGUGUUUUAAAAGCCUUAGAUGAUCCAUUGCCCCAGGCAUCAACUAAGACAGAAACAGUACUUGUUUUGGAAGAUGACAUGGAAGUAGAUGCUGAGCAGCACUUCAGUAAAACAACAGAAAAGGCAAUAAUGGAGCAAGAACAAACAGACAUAGAAAAAACAGAUGAGGAGGCCAAACCUGAGGACAUACCCGUUUCUAGACGUACAAGGAGCAAUCAGUAUAGGCGUAAAAAACUGAGAGAAGUGGUGCCAGAAGAGGACGAGGAGAUUCCUGAAAUAACUGUACACCAUUCACCAGUUUUAAAUGCUAUAAGCAGGUCAGAGGUUGAAAUUAGGGAAGAUACAACUGAAAUCCCCAGAUUGGAAGAUGUACCUCAAAUAAACGAAAGUGAACUUGAACACGAGGAAUCACAGGUUGAGGAUCAUGAACAGAAUCAAAGCAUGGAACCAGAGGUAUUUAAAAAUUCUGACAUGGAACCAGUUAAUGGUGAACUGACAGAUGACUUGACCCAGACGUCUCUGGUGGCUGAGAGACCAGCUAUUGAAGUAUCACAUACAGUGUCAAAUAUUCAAUCUGAUACUAGUCUCACAGAUAUUGCUGUUGCUCUUGACAAAGAGACUGCUAAUGUGCUGCUGGAAGAUGAUGCAGAAGAAAAGGUGUGCAGCUAUAGUUUUCCUCUGGGGUUUACAGGUACUGCUGAAACUGAAGAGAUACAGGACUCUGACAAUCUGGUUGCACUUGGAGAAGAAUCAUUAACUGUUGUUGAAAAUGAAAUACAUGGAACUGUUGAACAUGCCCCUCCACAAAGCUCUGCUGAUGUUGCAUCAGAACCCUGUGGCAAAUCCACUGAGGAACAGCUUAUGAACUUGAUGGAUAAAUCUGAACCUGCAGAUGCUGCAGAAACUAUACCUUCUACAGAGACAAAACCUAACAGUAAGCCAAGCUUAAUUAGAGUUGACUUGCAAUCCAGUGAUACAGAACAAGAAUUAAUUCAGGACCUCAGUCAAAAUACCUUGUUGUUGGUAGAGAUAAAAGAUGUGUCAUUUCAGCCAUUGCUGGAAGAAGAGAAGAGCCAACCAGAAGAAUCUGCUGAGGAGCAAGAUGAGUUACCCCUUCAGGAAAUGGAGUUGCCCACAAAGAAAAAAACUAUUGAGAGUAGCUCAGAAGAAGCUGAAAUUGAGCCUCCUGUUGUAGACCGGAGAAAUUUAAGGAGAAAAUCUAAAGUGGGCCGAGGUCCAGCUAAAAAAAGAGGCAAGAUCGCCUCCUAAAUAAAAUCCAUAAGAAGCUGAAACAAGAAAUAGUAACAUACUUACGGCAAAAUUUGCCAGAGAUAUUUUUUGUUAUUUCAUUUAUAUAACUCCAAAAUAACUUUUUUUAAAUAAAUUGAUUUUUAACUAGAUGUUUAAAAAGGGACUUUAAUGUGAAAAAGUAUUCCCUUUCAAAAAGUCAUUUUAUAUUUUGAGUAAAUCUGACAAUUGAAGUAUUUAAUAAAUCAAGGUAUUUUAAUGAGCUGUAAUUAGGUGUUAAAUAAUGGAAAUGUAUAUGUUGUAUUUGGAUAAUGUUAUGUUUUUAAUUGCAGAACCUAAACACCUUCUUUUCACAAAUAUACAUUACAGUUAAGAUAAGCAGGCGGCACUGAUUGGGAAACAGAUUUGAGCCAAGAUGAAGCUUGUCUCAGUAUUGGUGAAUUUUGUAAAUUGGAUGAAUAAGUGAGGAAUAUAAUUUUUUUUUUCUCACAGCACACGAUAUAUAUAUUCAUUUCUGGUUGUUCUUAUAUAGCAGCCUUCCCUUGAAGCAGCUUCACUAGGGUGAAUGAAGUUACAAAUAUAUAUCCAUGAAAAGACAAAAUAUCAUGCAAUAUAUUCAUACACAUAUUGUAUGUUAUAUAUCUAUGCAUAGAAUCAUUACUGUACUGUUGAAGUUAUUGUGGUCUUUUAUGUUUUUAAAGUUGAUGGUGAAAGUUAAGGUAGACUAACGAGAGGUAAGGGCAGAUAGCAGAGAAAAACAAAACAUAAGUAAUUGCCUGGAGACUGCAGAUACUCCUUAGGAAACCCAAAGUCUCGUUUUCAUUACCUCUUACAACUACUGUGCAAGCUAACAGCUGAGCAUUUGCUGAACACAUAUGAAGUCACAUAUGCUGUCAUUGUCAACCAUCAUUGCCAGGUUCCUUUCCAAAGCCAGGAGGUUUAUCUCAGAGAGAAUUUAAUGUGAAGCAUCACAUGCUAACUUGGAGGAGUGGCUGUAUAAACUGCUCCUGGUGGUACUGGUCAUUGUUAAUGUUUAGUGUAGCACUAUUCUAUCCUGGCCUCAGUGGCUGAAAAUUUUAAUGCCAAUAUUGCUUAGUUCUUGUUUUAGAAAAUUAACAAAAUGUACCGUGGACUGCAGUAUACUAAAAUGUAUUCAGGUGUUAGCUUUUUUUUCUUGAGAGUGAAAAUGUGUAGUAAUCAGUGAUGCAAAGAGUACUGGGUUAGCUAUUGGCCUCCAUUUUAUUUGUACCUCAUCAUUACAGCAGGAAAAAAUUGCAUACAACUUUUUGACUAUGUUCUGAAUUAUGUGAAAACAGUAAACAUUUUGAUAAACUUCAAAUUGUACACCAAGAUAUGAAACAGUUGGUCUAAUUAAUCUAGCAGUUGAACUAACAAUGAGCUGACCUCAAAUAAACAGUAACCAUUUGAAUCAAAAUCUAAAUCCACUGUGAAAGAGCACCGCUUUCUAACACUGGUUGACACAAAAUGAAUGGACAGAAGAUAAAGCAGUAUGAACCGGCACAGCAACAAGUCUAAUAGGAGUAUGCUGUGCAAAAAUGUUGGCCUUAAAUGUUGAUUUAAAUGUAGUAAUGAAUAAGGCAUCACUGACAUUGGCAGGUAGACAGUUCUACAGUUUGUAAACCCUUUGCCUUGCACAGUAAUUUUAUUUACCCUUGAAGUUUAAGCAGGCUUGCAUCUUAAGGUCACUGUGUGUGUAUGUUUUCAAUUAAUAUCAUUAUUGUGUUUUGUAAGGGAGGUAAAGCCAUUUGUGACUCUAUAUGUGAGAAGCAUUUUAAAAUCAGCUGUAAACUUAGAUACAGUCUCAUUUUCUGUCUCUGGUGUCAUCCUUGCUGCCCAAUUAUGAAAUAUCUGUGGGAUGGAACCAGAAUGAUUUGAACAGCCUGACAGUUAAAUAUUGCAUGCUGUCCAGAUCAGGACUAGACAGCUUUGUUUGUGUAGCUGACAUAUUUCUUAUGUAUAAUCGUCUUUAUUUUCACACUUGAGUGCAAAAAGAAUUAAUUUUUGAAGGACUGAAUUAUUUUUAUUGGCACAGUUCUUUCUUUACAUUUUUACUAAGAUUUAAACAAGCACAAAAAUGUUGAGUUAAGCCAGUCCUGUAUAUAUUACUUACUGUGCAUACCAAUCACAUUCCUAGUCAACAGUACUGAGUUUUAAACGGACAUAAGCUAUUAUUUCAUAUGGAAAUUGUUGUUGACUGCUGCACUUUACAGAAUGCUGAAAGAAAGGUAGGGAAUAAAAUUGGGAUGUAUAAACAGUUUUGUUAUUUUAUUAACUGCCAUUGCUUCUUUUGAUUAUCAGGUGGUGACAUGCAAGCAUCAGUCUGAUAGGGAGAUUUUCUGAUCCUGUAAAAGAGAAGUAUACAUAAUAAACAAGCAUUAAAAUUAUAUAAUUUUAAAACUACAAAAAGACGUGAAUCCAUACAUAGACUUUAUGAAUUAAUAAAGUAUAUAGUAGGGAUGUGUAAAUGUACUGUAUAUAGUGGAGUAUAUGUAAAGAGAGAUGUAAACACACACGUACAUGUUUAGACAAAUGAGUAAAAUCAUUUAAAGAGAAAUUGCACAGUAAACAUAAAACUAACAUAUUGAUAGGAAUUGACCUCUGUUAGAGCAGCGUGAAAUAGCUGUACAGAUUAAAAAGUUUUAUUGUUAAGAUAGUAAAACAAGAUGAAAGCACUAAGUACAUCAUGGCCAGUGCCUAUACCAUGUUGCAAAAACAUUGUAGGUUGUUCUUUCAAAGCUCCUUCUUUGGUCAUUUCAUUCCUGUGGUGAUGCAGGCGUAAUUUCAUAAACAGAAAUAAUGUGGGAUCUUGGGAGUUCCAUGGUCAGUGUCAGUGAUGCAGCAGGUGUGCUUAGACCUUUCAAAAUAAAUGUUUCUAUCACUAGAGCACCACUGUGCCAUCAUGGAAUCUGUAUUGAAAAUGAGAUACCUGUAGUUUGAAAAAAAAUGUAAAGAAGAAUAGAAGAUCAGGAUGCCACAGAGUUAGUACAGUGAAGUGAAAUAAUAAAGAAAACGGUACCAUUUUAAUGUUUUUUUCCUGCUUUGCACUGGUGUUCCCUGUUUGAAGUUUAUAAAAAUUGGCCUCAUGUUUGUGUGUACUCUGGUUUUUUAUUGUUAGGGAUUUUCUCUUCAUUAAAUAAUUAAUCGAAACCCUGGAUCAUUUGAAGGUUCCUUUAUUUAUGUCAAGGUACCAGUGGGAGCCCAGCACCAUUUACCCUAAGCAAGUUUCAGGCUGAACUAAGACAGCAUUGAAUGCGUCAGUGUUCAUGAUAUGUGGACAUCCUAUGGCACGCGAGUUAAUCAGUUUAUAACCGUUAGUUUUAAAGGUGCUUCUUUUGUUAUAUGAAUGUGUCUUGGGUAAAUGCUGUAUUUCUCCUGAUCUUGCUGAAUUCCAUAGUAUGGCCUUUGGACCGAAGAGUCUACACUUUGGCUUACAGUGAAACAUGUUAAUGUAAAACAUUACACCUUCACCUAAAGUGUGUGUUAGAUUAAUUGCCAUAUCUCAUAUUGACCGAGUGUGGUGUGUGUCCAGGAUUGGUUUCUCUCAUUUCUUCCAAUGCUGACAUGAUUACCAUCAACAGUAUGUGUGCUUGGACUGGAAAAGCAAAGUUAAAAAGUGAUGCAUAGAUAUUAUGUCAGGGUUAUUUCUGGGUUCUUGGUUAUCCAAUGUCCUUAAAUAAGUCAAUCAGAAUGUCAAUUGCUUCCUGAUAUUAUUUGAUCAAGAAUUUGAAAUAUUACUUUCCAUCCUUUUUUUAUCAGUUUUAUCAGCUGCAUUUCUUUCAGAAUAACUGAGAAUCUCUUUAAUAAAGUCCUUAUUAUUGGAGAUUAGUGUUUGCAUCAUGAAGAGUCAGGUUUUGAUCUGCUUUUAUAUUGAAAAACAAAUACAUUGUCUUCAACUUUCUCCUUUUUUAUACAAACAUAAUUCUAGACUAGAGAGUUAGACGACCAUAGACGACAGAUUGUGGCAAGAAGCGACAGUUAAGAUGUGUAAGCCAUAAUGUUAUUUGCAACUGUGUCUGGCUGGGGCUUUGUUUAAGAUGCAUUUUUUAUUAAAUAUUGAAUGUGAAAUAACUUGACUACAGGGUGUGAGCCAUGGCUUUAUUGCUGUUUAUAUACUGUAUAUGCAUAAAAUAUAUUUUUCAGAAGUGAUAUUUUUACUUUAUGUAGCAUCAUCAUCUGACAUUAUUUCACUUGGAGAGCCUAAACUGUAAAAGCUUAUAAAUUCUGUGAAACACAUACAUAAAGUAAAUGUAACCGAUAACUUAUUUAUACCACUGCAAUAUCACUUGACUUCUGAAAUAACGAUAUGUGCUCACUUUUAUUCAUUUUAAUUUAUUUUCUUGGUGCUCUGCACCAGGUUGUCAGCCUGGCUGGAGGCCGCCUUAUAGAAGGUGCAUGUUUGUAGUGCACAGCCACUGUAUACUUAGUCUACGCCUGGCUGUACUGAGGACCGUAAAUAUCUGGCACGUGUUGGCAUUAUUCUUGUUUCUAGAAAAGUUAUGAUCUUUCAGUUGGACAGAGGUGUGUUUAUAAAAUGAGUGAACAUGUCAGUGACUGGAUUGAUAUUACAAUGGUCUGCAAAAAAAUCAGAGUACUUUAUAGAUUUACGAGAACUGAGUCCAUUUCUGAAACUGGAAUUUCUCUACCAAGAAAGCAAAAUUUAUUUUUAAAAACAUGUUGUUUGUUUUAUGGCCCAUCUAUUUUUCAGGCUCUGAAUAUUAUUUGAAGUAUAAUUUGAGAUAAUAAAUAGCCGUCUUCCAAAUUGUUAAUGUUACUUGAGGUGGAAAUAACUGAAAAUCAAGUUUUUAGCAUGCAGUUUUUGCUCUUAAUCGGUAGUUUUCUUUCUCCUUAUUACUUUAAAAUACCCAGGAAAGUAUUUUUUAGAAUUUACCUUUUUAUUGUCCUGAAGAGAGAAUGUUGUUAUUUAAUAGUUUUUACUGAUCCAUCCAUUGUCUUGACCAGGUAACAUAAGUAAGGAAGAAAGGAUUAAGAUACCUCAGGCAGAAGUUUUCUUGCAUUAGCAAAAUAUAUAAAUGAAAAAAUAAAAAUAAAUGAAGGUGUCUUCGUUGGACCUCAAAUCUGAGCGCUUUUCAAGAACACAGACCUCAAAUCCAAGCUGUGGAAAAGGGAAAAAAGACAUUUGGAAUCGUGUGCUACAAUUUUCUUGGGAUCAGAAAAGUG